CCUGGACCAAUCUCGGACACGUCACAUUAUGGUGCUCUAUCACGACGAUGGAAGAGUAGUCAAGGCGCAUGAGGACUAUCUGGAACGGGCUGCUAAAAUGCACAGCGAGGCAUGCGGUUUCGAGGGCCAGACGGACGCCUUGCAAAGACAAAGACCGGAGGUCUCCCAGAGGUCCGCGGAUCGUGUCCAGUUUCGUAUCCACCCCCAGGAUCACUGGACGCUCUAUAGCCGGGUUCAAGAAGACCGUCCCUGGUUUGAUGGCUAUCGCCUCCAGGGUUAUUUGGAAGAGUCCCACGAGCCUACUCGCCUUCCUGAAGAAGGAGUACACAAAGCCACUCUAAUGAAGUGUUCUGGAUAUGCGCAAGAAUACUUUAUGCGCAAGCCCGAUUCAAAGGAACUAUCUCUUCCGAUUCGGUUUCCGCGGCGGCAUGACUACGGCAGCAAAAAAUAUUACGAGAAGUACGAAACCCAAAUGGCCUAUAUCACGCCGGCACCUCUCGAAGAUUCAAUCAUCCCGUGGCUUGAGAAAGUGGAAGAGUACCUAGCUGAGGAUAGGCACAAAGGAGAAAUUCCCAAACCAAACAUUCCAGAUUCCCUUCUCGAUAAGAUCUACCUCUACGGCGCCAUGCUUCAGCUUUCAGUUCCGCGCUUUAUCCAGGAGCCUCUAAUCGAGGCUCUGUGCAAAGAAAUGUACAAACGGCCGUUGAAAAGGUGUCAUUUGGAAGCUCUCGAACUUUCAGUCGCUCGUCUUCAUGCCUAUACGGUCCCUACCCUGGAUCCAGUCUUAAACCAUGUCGUUGGGACCUACGGCCUGCGAUCACGGGCCGACCGCGACAAUCCCGGCUCCGCACCUACAGGAACUGACCGUCCUAUGUCAGCCGCCGUUCAACCUAGGUUUUUGGAAUACACAAAUACACCUGCAGGGCGCGCAGACUUCCCAGCCGAUACGUACAUCGUACCUCCCAGGCUGGCGGUUCUCGGUCACUGCAUCAGGCACUGGUCCGGAGUCCGGUAUGAUGGUAGCACGGCAGCUGCGUAUACUGGAUAUCCGCUGAAUGUUGGCAUCGUGAACAGGCCAGUGCGGCGAGGCCCUGGCGAUGAUCUCCAUUUGGAUAAGAAGAACGCAAAGUCAUCAUACUAUCUCAGAGGUGUGUGUUCAUUCCCAGGAGAAGGAAAAAUCGAGUAUGCGCCACGCAAGACCCAAUCCGCACCAUCAGCCCCGCCUGCGGUCAAAAAACCGACUGAAGAGUCUAACAAAUAGUUGCUUGUAUC